AUGAUCGAUCAUCUGCUCGGUCGACCUUCGACCAGGCUCAAGCGAGUCCAGAUCUUCUCGGUCAUCUUUUUUUGGCUCUGGUUUCUCGUCACGGGCAAUCGCGACGGUCCAAGUCCGCUCGUACGCAAGAUCAAUGCCAAGCUUCAGCGCUUCUCACCGUGGCAGAUCGUCGUCUUCAGCUCCGUUGGCAUCUACACCAUUCGACACCUCGAUUCGCUCCUCGGCUUUGGUGCUCCUGAACCGCUCGCUCGAAUGUACUCGCGAAACUUUUACCGCACCACUUGGCUCGUCACCGCGCUCGAUGCCGGCUUCGCUACCGCCAUGAACAUCAAACCAAAGUGGGUCAGAGAUAUCAUGAGCAUGGUCUUCUCCGUCUACUACAUGGUUUACGCAAACGAAGCCGACGAGAAGCUUCGAAAGUACAGAGCCUUUUGCACCGUCGAGAUGAUGCGCACCACCUGGGAAAAGACGACCAACCCCUACAUCCGCUUGGUCACCUGGUUCCACCGACCCUCGCUGCCUAUCGCACGUCCUCUCCUCAUCCCCAGACCGCAAGUCGGAGCGCAUCACACGCGUCCGAGCAAAGCUUGGCUUUUCUACGCAAAGAGCGAACGGCAGCUUCGCCUGGAGGAGGAACUUGUCCUCGACAUUUGCGGCGGCGGAUACAUUUGCAUGAACCCGCAGCAUCACGAGGAGCGCCUGCGACAGCUCGCCAAAGAGAUGCAGAAGCCCGUCCUCUCCGUCGACUACUGCAAGGCGCCCGAGUAUCCUUACCCGUUUGCGCUCGAGGAGUGCUUCGAUCUCUACCGCACGCUUCACGAGACAGCAGGCAAGGUUAUCGGCAUGUCGGGCUCGCCCAACUUCCGCAUCAUCCUGACUGGCGACAGUGCCGGUGGCAAUCUGGCGACUGGUAUCGUUCUCAAAGUCAUCCAGUAUCCGCAGCCGCGCAUUCAGCUCGCCUAUUCGUCACUUACCUCACGCGGCGGUGUGCAGGCCCAGCAGCCUCCGCCCUUGCCCAAGCCCAUCGGCAUGGUGCUCAGCUAUCCCAAUCUCAACUUUGGCUUUUCGAGCUGGAUGAAGCCCGAACAUUUGCGCCUCUUGCGUCAACAGAGCGAGGUUAAUCUCGACAACUUGGCGCAACACCAGUCCGAAAUUGCCGCGUCCUCCGCUUCAUCGCCGCUUCGCGCGUCCAGGCGCCGAUCCGCUGCCAGCCUAGCUAACGCAGCCGGCUCUACGGAACGCAGGCGAGCCGAGGCAAAGCGUGCCAGGAGCAAGGAACGACUUAAAGACGCUCGUUCGUACCAGUCGCUCACACGCACCGCUGAGCUUCACCUCGACGAGCGUGCACGCUAUGCAGAGGUCGAUCCAACCUCGGACGAGAAUGGCGCUUCCACUCCUUCUGAUUCUGCGUACGAUCGCAUCUGGGGUGAGGGCGCUAUGACUCCUUCGUGGGAGAAGGGCGGUUUACCGUGGGGCCAGGUGGCCAAGCAGGCGAUGCUGGAUGAGAUUGCGGACCGCGAAGAAAAGCGAGCACAGGCAAGGUUUGAAAAGGAGCAAAGGGCACUGCAGCAAGCGGCAGAGGCGGCAGAUAGCAAGAACAAGGAGCAGAAGCGCGCUCCGUUCAACACGCGUCUCACCAUCACUUCGAUGGCCGGCUACUUUCAGGAUCGGAUCAUCACGCAGGGCAUGCUGCGUGCUAUGGCCAUCCUGUAUAUCGGGCCAAAACGUCAACCGGACCUGGAUCACGAUUACUUCCUCUCGCCCGUGGUGACGCCAGCGCAUUUGUUGGCCGAGUUUCCACCCGUGCUAUUCAUCUGCGGCGAAAAAGACCCGCUGUGCGACGAUACCGUCAUCAUGGCCGGCCGCAUCCGCGAAGCCAAGCUGGCCAAAAAAGCAGAUCUGGAACGACGCCGUGCGAUGGCCUCGUCUCGGUUCGGAGAGGGCCUGCGCACGACGCCCAUCUCCUCUGGUGUGCAGUCCAAGCUGCCCAUCGAUCCGAUCGAGCAGGAAUCGCCCGAAGACUGGGUGCAGAUGAGAAUCAUCGAAGGAUGGAGUCACGGCUUUCUGCAAAUGUCGUCGUUGAUGCCCGAGGCCAAGCAGGUGAUUGGGUUCUUGGGCACGUGGAUGUCGUUGGUGUUUGAAGAGUACAGGGACAAGAUGGACGAGGAGAGGGAGCUGGCCGAGGCGGAAGAGAGAAAGGGGGCUGAGCAUCGUGUGCGUGCUGCGACGAGCCGAAAUGGGUCGCCGAUGCUUGCGCAGAACGCGAAUCUGGGCGAUGCUCCUGCCUCGAUCUCGGCGGCUUCGGCUGGAGCUUCUCCGGUCAGCCAAAUCGACACAAAGAAAGACGGCAGCGGUAGUGGCCAAGUCGCAGUGACGGGGACGAUGGCGCCGCAAGCUGUGCAGGAGGAUGCAGAUGAUGAAGGUGCCAAUCAGGACGACGACGACGAUGAUGAUGACGGUCCAAUCAUGGUGAUCCCCAAAAGGCACCGUCAAGCUUUGUCGUCCACUUCGAGCCCCAAGCCUGCAUCACAAUCUCACGGCCCGUCGGCAUCACACAGCAAUGCCAAACCCGAGAGCAUCUCUUCUCCUCGCUCUUCUUCGACUACCAAAUCUCCUCCGCUGAGCGCGGCACAUGCGCAAGUCGAGACUCUACGCGCAUCCGACGAACGUGACACGCGUCCACACAGCGACAGCGAGGCGGCACCCUCGAACAUCCUCGCGCGCAACAACCACCUGGUCCACACAAGUCGAGCCGAAAGCGAGUCCAACCUGCAAGCUGAACCCGCUGCGCGCUCGGGAUUCCCUGGCAGUCACGCCAGCGGCGCAGGGCUGAGAAGAGGCAGCAAGAGCGGCGCCUCGUCCCGCAUCGAUGAAAAGUACCGAAGCAUGCUGGUCGAGGAAGCGAGCUUGUUGGCCAGAAGACGAGAUGAUGUCCUGUUUGGCUUGGAGGGUAACACGGCUGUCGUGGGCGAUGAGGACGAUGAGGCCGAUGACGAGCAGAGGGCGAGGCCGACGCUGGGCCCGGGUGUGGGCGAAGGCGAGUCGAGUAACGAUGUGGAUCUGCAGUCGUCCAGCAGUCGGAUCGAGAGCGUCGCUUAG